UGGUUUAGACUUCAUUCACAAAUUGAUUUAUUCACCCGUCAAUCACAUUCAUGGUGGCACAAACGCAAUCAUGGAUUUGUACCAAUAGGACUGCUCACAUCAGCAACGAGACAUAUUACGAGACAUAGAGAACCCUAGCAGCGAUAACAGAUCUUUAUUGCGAGAACCACGAAAUAAAAACCUCUUCUGCAGACCAAUUAGGAGAUAUCUUUUGAUAAGUCGCAGACUGGAGAAGAUCCGUUUUAAGAUAUCUUUUCACAAUGGAACAAAUGACAGGUGUGGAUGUCAGUUGGAUGACACACAGCUCAAGCAAUAAAGGUCAGUGGAAGCAAUAGUCACAUGUAGUAAGGAAAUUUACAUGAAAAUCUAUCUUUUGUGUAUUUGCGACUGACUGGAGUUAUGUAUUUCAGACGUAAAACGACCUCGAAUGGUUCCGAAUACGUCUAGCUCACAAGAAAAAUCAAGUCCGCCCCCACCAAAUGACUCUACCCCUCCAAAGAACGAGAAUGAGCAACAGGUUACAACACCUUCACAGCCGAUUCCAACUCGACCUGGUGUAUCUAGAAAUGUGUCUUCGGAAAGGAUAGUUACAGCAAAUGGCACACCACCAAAAGCCUCUACAUCGCCCAACAUGUCCCGCAGAAAUUCAUGGUUAUCGAGUAUAUCCUCAAAGUUCACUGGGUCGCAAUCCUCCAACCAUACGAGCGCAUCUUCCGGUGCUUCAGCGGCGGCUUCACCUACAGACCCUCUGAUACAUAGACCUGCAGGACCGAGUGCACCAAAGAAUGCUGUAUUAGUACAUGGGGUAAAGGAGGAUGGCGAUGCACCUUACGUCCCGGCACCUCCGCGAAACGGUCCCAGCUUCUUACAAAGUGCUCUGCGGAGGUUAUCAAACUCUGGUGGUCAACUGUCUGGAUCAGCAAAAGGCCACAGUGGAUUAUGCGAAAGAAAGGUUCUAAACGUCGAUCCUCAUCGGGAGAGAUGUCCCAUAUCCGGGCUUGAGCAGUCAAAACUGCGACGAGUAGCUUUUUGCGUCGAUGUUGAAAUAGCAAGUGGUCCUCGGUAUACGGAGGAGGAAGAAUCUGACGACACCGGAAAUAAAAACAAAGAAAGGAUGAAGCAGUCCCAAGAAAAGGGAGAAGGGGCUGCGUUGAAGAAUCCGAACAAUUCUAAUACGGACACGGAACAAGAAAAUGUCCCCAAGACAGAUGAUGUUGGUAAACCCGGCGAGAAGCCUUCCGAGAGUGCCCAGCCAAAAGACUCCAAGAAUGUAUCAGAAACCAGGGAAUCGUCCCCACCAGCUGAGAAGGACAAUACAAGAAAGAAAGAGAAGAAAAGGCGCAGCGAAGAGGAACGAAAAGCAAGGAAGGAGAAGAAACGAAGACUUGCUGAGGCGAACGGUACAAUUCCAGUCGAGUUGAAGAUUGAUGAUAGUGACAGUUCACUUUCAACCACUCCGAUUUCCGCAACUCCUAAAACUCAUGCUUCACCUACCACGGACCCUGCUCGAAUAUAUAGAAGAUGCUGCCAAUUGAGAGAAACGCCAAUUUUAAAGAGAAUCGUCGAGCAACUCACAGCAUCGGUGGCAACAGCUACACUUCCUGGUCUUGUUGGCAAAUUAGAUCUCUCAGGCUAUUGGCUACAACUACCGGACCUCGUUACGUUAGGGGAUUACUUAGCUGUAGUUCCAGUGAAAGAAUUAAUAAUGGAAAAUUGCGGACUUACUGAUGAAGGUGUUCGUGUCAUUUUGGCUGGUCUUUUGGCCGCCAAGUUACCAACAUACGGUAGAAAAUCGCGCGCUCGCAAAAUGAGUCAGUGUCCUCAAGGUGGCAUCAUCGAACGCCUGGUUCUGAAAAACAACAACAAAAUUAAUAAAGAUGGUUGGCGCCAUAUCUCUCUGUUCAUUAAUAUGUGCCGGUCAUUGAAAACCCUGGAUCUCUCAAGAAUUCCUUUCCCUCAGGGUGUCCGUACACCACCUGUGAGUGGUUCUGGGCAUCUGAAGAAAACCCAUAGUAAUACGAGUAGUACGAGUAGUACGAGCAACGCAGUUUCUUGCUUAUUUUCUAAGGCUAUUGGGGAUCGACUAGCCGGGUCAGAAUUCGAACUUUUGAAUCUAGGUCACUGUGGCCUCAAUAGCGAUCAGCUAAAUGAAUUAGUCGAUGGAAUUAUAAAAUCUGGUCUGCGGCGUCUUGGUCUCGCGGGUAAUGCAAUCACAUCGGUAGGGGUAGAGCAUGUUGCUAGAUGGAUUAGAUGCGGCAACUGCGAAGGCCUUGAUCUUGGUGGUAAUGAUCUGAAAGAUUCUCUGAAGACCAUUGCGAAUGCCCUUGAUGAGAACAACAAAAUUUACGCCCUGAGCUUGGCGGACUGUAAUCUCAAUCCGGACUCGUUGUGGCACCUUUUCCCAGCCCUGGCAAAGUUGAAGGACUUCAAGUUCAUCGACCUAUCAGAGAACCAUGAUUUGUUCGAUUCGAAUCCCAGUGCACUUUCUCUCCUGCGCAGGUACGUUUAUAUUCUCUACCAUUGGUUUUUGUGUGACAACUUAUAUGUGGAGAUUAGUCAUCUCUGUAUGGUUAGACAUGACGAUCUUUGAUAUCAAUUCUUGUUGUAACUGGCCCUAUGAUUUUCCCUUGAUCCUAUACUCAUGAAGCCAUUGAGUGUUCUGGCAAGGCGAAUGUCGGAAUAUCAUCACACUUGAUAGCAAUUAUGUGCACAGAGACGUCACCGAAUACAUAGAACAUUUAUGUACUAUUGCUGCAGCAUUUUGACGGUCUCGUACCGCGACCAGUAAUUUGCUUCAUUUAUGUCAGCAACUCGGACUUCAAGGCUUUGAUUGAAGAUUUUCUCAGCUCUGCUAAAUCUACUCCCAUUAUGUUGCAAUUACGAUUACAGAGAACAUUAUUGGCUGACAUAUAACAGAUAUCUACCACGUUUGCCUCAGCUGAAGCGCAUACAUUUGACAAAUGUAUCCAUGACAGCGGAACAAGCCAUCGCCCUUGCGGAAAUCCUACCAGAGAGCCCCAGUCUGGCGCAUGUGACUAUUAUGGAAAAUAAGCAACUAGCUGCUCUUGCAAGUGCGAAAGACGAGGCAAGUCAGGAAGAAGCUUGUGCAUUAUAUGCCUCACUGAUGGCUGCGGUCCGAGUUUCUCAAUCAAUCGUAUGUAUUGAUAUUGAAGUUCCAUCAAGCGAUUCGUCCGAAAUCGUAAAGGCUUUGGCUAAGCAAGUUGUCGCUUAUUGCCUAUGGAACAUGGAACGUGGCGCCGUUGCAGAGAUCAGUGAAGCCGUUCCUGCAAUGGCUGAUCCCCAUGGCACUGCAAAUGAGAAAGAUGUUGCAGUCCCUGAAGUAUUGUUACACAUUGUGGGACAUGUAGAAGGAGUCCAAGAGAACCAUGAUGACGACGAACCAGCACCAGGCGAAGAUUAUGUAAUUGGUGGGACAGGCGUGGUUAAAGCUUUGGGUAUCUGUUUACGAAACAAAGGGAAUGACUCUAGGAGACCAUCAGCUGAUCUAGCUUUCUCUGAUUUAUCUAGGCCGAGCAGCAGCUCGGCCACUCCGAACCCUGCUGUUAAGGGUGGCAAGGCCAAGGAUAUGUCGAAGAAUUUAUUGGGAAGUGCGAGGAAGAUUCGGGCUCGAUUACAACCUGCGCUAGUCAAGGAGUUGAAGGCUGGUGAUCAUCACAAUUACAGUAAGAAUUAUCCAUCGGUAUGCAGGUGUGACUUGACAAAAGCUGACUACAAAUCAGACCGAUUACUGUUUCUUGACCAUACAUUACAAAAUAUGAUCAAAAGAUUCGAGGAUGAAUUUCCCGAGACCCGCUUAUUACCAUCACAACCUGAUACGGAGCGAACAGCAACGAUGGGCGAUGCAUACCCACCUCAAACUAAUUACCAAGAAUCAGACGUUGAACCCGAACCAAUCUUCGCGGAGAAUCAACCAUCAGAUGAAGAGGGAGGACACGACGACAGAGGAAUACGUCCCACUCUAUCUCGUCACAAUUCUGAUGUCUCGUUGGCCUCAAAAGCACUUUCGCAGGAAGAAGGCAGAAUGCAUCGCUUUGGACAGAAGAUCCGUCGUAAUAUCCUCAAGCCUGAAGUUGAGGAUAAUCUCCACGGGACAUCUGGACUCGAAAUUCAGCCAGUACAUAUGCAAUUUUUGAGAUCCAUGGUUGAAGACCUCCAUGGCGAAGACAUCAGAAACAAGCUAGAGACUCUUGGCCCAGAUGCUGUAAUAGCCGAGCUGAAUAACGAAGCUAGUAUUCUCCGACAGGGACUCAUUGAGAAUGAUCCUGAAGGCUGGCAAAAAUUUAAAGAAAGCCAAGAAGCUAUGCAGAGAAAUUCAAGUGUGGCGAACAUUGGCUCGAGUGGGAAUAUGUCCGAGAGUGCUAUUGAAUGAGCUUCUCGGCCCCUGUAAAUUGGGAUUUGAAAUUAUUUUUGUUUUGUUUUCUUAGCAUAGCGGGCUUCGGUGUUACUUACUACAGUAUACUUCUUACAUAACUUUUUCUCUAUUGGAUACUUCGACGGAAAAUGUGUAUUACUAAGGAGGAAACUUACUUUUAGCAAGUCUUGUAGCGUUGAACAUGGGGAUGCAGUCGUGGUACAAAAUCUUGAAUGAA